UUGUAUGAGAUAUAUAUUUUGCUAGCUUAUAAAAGUAUAAAAAUGAAUAUAGAGCUAACUGAAGCUGGCAUGGAAAAUGGCGAGAAUACGGAAAUGGAUAAUAUGCUAUGCGAUUUAAUAGACAUACAUGCGGAUAAGGGCAAUGAGCAGGCGCUGCGACGAGUACUGGAUGCUAUAUAUAAAUUAUUAAAUGGCAAGCAGACGCUACAGUUGAGCACCAAGCUGCUGGACAAGCUUAUAUCGAUUAUAGUAGCCGAUGAGGCUAAUGAAUAUAUAGAUGCCAAAUAUAUAGACAAAGUGCUGGAUGCAGUGCAGCUGCAUGCGCGGCAGUUUCCAUGGCCUGGACUGUUGCUGCUGCGCAAGCUUAGCGCUGUAUCAAUAAGUUCCAUGGAGCAGCCCAAGCUGCAGCUGCAUCCACAUGCAGCACAAAUAUUGCAGCGACUGCUUGAAGACUUUGUGCGUGAACUGGAGCCAGAGGAUGCGUACUGCUUGCAGCUUUUACAAGUAAUACAGCAGCUGCUGCAGUCGGAGCUGCAGUGCGAUCGCAGCACAGCUUGCGCUAUAUUUAAAAAACUGCUUGCGCUGCAAUCACCACAAAUGCAGCCGCUGCUGCAAUGUGGCGCUAAACACUGGACUGCUUAUAUAGCGCUGCUUGAACAACUUGAGCAAGCAGCGCCGCAGUUAGUGCUACCCAUGCUAAGCGCGCAUUUGAACAGCUUUAUGCGCGCUAAGCAGUGCGCUGCUUGGCUUAACUGGCUGCGCAUACUGCUUGCAAGACUGCUUGCUACUACGCAUGCGCGUGUGCUGCACUGGACUUUGGAGUUUCUACUGCUGCACUGCAGCUUAGCAGAUCUUUAUGAGCUGCAGCUGCUGCCUGAAUUUUUAGCUGCAAUAAAUCAAACUACGUUGUAUGAUGUUGAAAACUAUUUGCUGCCUGAGCUGCUUGUGCAAACUUUUAUACAAAGUUCCCAUAACGCACAGCUACUGGAGGCGCUGGUGUUAAUGUCCUGGCAAAGCUUGCCGCUGCUGCAUUGGCUGCGCUGUCUGCAGCGCAAACAAGUGUUUGUGCAUACAAGCGUGCUGCUGCAGCUUGCCGCAUGCAUACGCGGCAUGCCACAUGAGAAUCUGCGCUAUGAAGCGCAUCAACGCAUUUUUGAGCUUUAUGAUCUUACCAUAAACAAUUUAAGCCUGGCUGAUUACUUAGCUUUUAUUAAAGCGCUGUGCAAUAAGCAGGAUAAUUUUUUCAAGGACUACAAACGCUUGGCGCACAAAAUUGACACAUGCAGCAACAUAGCCGAGCAGCUAAAUGUGCAUGAUUAUGAUUUAUUUGCGCUUAUAUAUGCCAAAGAUAUUGAUGUUGUUUUAACGCUGUACAAACAAUUAAGUGGCUUAGCCAAGUGGCAACAUGGCUGCUGGCGUUUAUACACAUUUUUCUAUGUAUUGCAACAACAGCAAGACGCGCGCUGCAUUGAUAUACUGGAUUACUUUCAAUUGGAAUAUGGUUUACAUAUAGAACUGCUAAUCUAUUAUGCAAAUUUGCAAGAUUUACAAGCAUUUAUCAUAGAAAAAUUGCAUUGCAAUACUGAGCAAGAGAAACUAUUUGUUAUGCAUAAAAGCGUUGAUUGGUUUAUAAGUGUAAAAUUCAAGCACUGGUCGCAAUUGGCGGAAUAUGAGCUGCAACCGCUUGAGUUAAUAGAACAAGGAUCUAUGCUGACGGCAAUACAUUUGGCUACGCUUUUAAAGGAUGCGCAGCAGCAGCUGCAAAAUGAACGCAUACUACAGUCGCUGCUAACUAUAUACAAACAAGCUCCAGAACAAAUUGCAAUUGCUGUGGGCAUUGUUAAAUAUGCGUCAGUUUAUUUAGCUGAUUUCGAAAGUGAACAAAUUUUAGCUGAAGUGCUGGAAGCAAGUCAAAGUCUUUAUCCUGCGCUUGUUAAUUGUGUGCAGCAAGUGCCCAUAACUUUAUUAAUACGUGGCUUACUCUCUGGCAAUGCGCUGCAUGCAGAAAAGCGCAUAGAAUACGCUUAUCUGGUGGAGCAAUACAAUUAUUAUUACACCAGCUGUCGCAGAAGAGAUAGCUACAUAAAAUUUCUUACAGAAGAUAAAUCUCAAGCAUUCGAAGUGCUGGACGAACUUUUAUGUCUCAACAACGAACAGUUUGAUAUGCAAGCUGCUUAUGCAGAAAACUCACAAGAACAUCGCAUUAAGUUGCGUCUAUGGCGCGCUUUAUUGGCUAUAACUAGCAAAUGCACAGCAUAUUGGUCAGCGGGUUUAUGCUUAGCCGUACUUAGUCUUAACGAACUGGAGAAUAUAAAAUAUAUGCAGGAAUGUUUGCUGGCGCGUUGUUUGCCCAGCAUGGAAUGUCUUAUUAAAUAUUUAAAGCAAUUGCCUGAGCUUGAGCCAAGUCAGCGCAUAUCGCUUAUAAGCGUAGCUUAUAUUUAUGCCAUUACCAGUGUAACUGAGCUAACUUUGGAUUCCGCACAAUUGUUGCUGCACUUGUUGCUGCCACAGAGCAUGCAACAACACGAGCAGCUGCGUAAUUUUACACAAAUUAUUUUAUACAAACUGCUGCUGCAUUUUCAGGACAAUAACCUCAAGCUUACUGAUGCUGCUUGCUUGCUACAAACGCUGGAGCUGAACUUGCCGCAGCUGCAGCUUGAGUAUCGACAUGAGGCACGUUUGUUGCUGCCACGCAUUUGUUUGCAUUGUGCUGAGGGCUUGCAGCUUGCCGAUUAUAUUUUGUAUAUGACAAAUGCGCCAUGCGAUGAAUAUUUGUUGGACUCACUACGGCGCAGUCUGAAGCUCAAAGCGCGUUUAACCAAAUUUCGCAGCGAACUGAGAGACAAAAGUUUCUUGCAACAAAGAGCGUCAAGUGCCAGCUCGCUGCGUCUAAAAGUAAAAGAAAAAUAAUAUUUAAUUUCAUAUUUUAUAUGCAGCGUAAAUA